AGAAAAUAAUUUCAUCAUUUGUAUUUGGGAGUUCCUAGUCUGGCCAGUCACCUUGACAACAUUGGCCCAAUGACAGCGCGCACGCGAACUAGGCCAGCCAAUCACAGGCGUCCGGCAAAGCUGCAUGUCAUUUCUGCCCCACUCGCAACCUGCACCGUGUUUUGUUUGUCUGUCUGCGUACCAGGGAUGAAUUCGCGGGGUGUGCUGUCUAUGCUGACUCGCUAAAAACGGGAAAUUUCUCCGCUAAUGAGGACCUCGGUAACCGCGGAGGACGCACGGUUUAGGACCGAAAAGGAACCCCGUGGACCGGUGGACUGUGGAGUCAGGUGCUGCUGGAUGAGAGUCUGACUAGGCAUUUUCUCCCCGGUGACAGAGACAACCUCAGCCGCGCAUCUUCCCACAUCCCCCUCCUCCCCUCCUUUCCCUUUCUCAUCCUCUCCUCCUCCUCUGCUGCCCUCCAAAGCUGCAGCACAGCGACCAUGGCCCUGGUGACUCUGCAACGCUCCCCCACCCCGAGUGCAGCAUCCUCGGCUAGCACGACCAACAGCAGCGCGGGGGAGGACUUUGGGAGCGAUGAUGACCGGAAAAACAAUCAGAGCCUCAGUGAGAGCUUCUUCAUGGUCAAAGGAGCCGCCCUCUUCCUCCAGCAGGGCGGCAGCACACAAGGACCACAGAGCACGACCCAUCACAAACAUGCAGGGGAUUUACCUCAACACCUGCAAGUCAUGUUUAAGAUCCUCCGAUCUGAGGAUCGCAUAAAGCUGGCUGUACGGUUAGAAAGCGGAUGGUCAGAGCGAGUGCGCUACAUGGUCGUUAUCUACACCAGCGGCCAUCAAGAUACAGAGGAAAAUAUUGUCCUGGGAAUGGACAUCACAGACAAAGAAAGUAAAGAUUGCUCUAUUGGGAUGGUGCUGCCUCUGUGGAGUGACACCAACAUUCAUCUAGAUGGAGACGGAGGCUUCAGUGUGAACACAGCAGGGCGGUCACAUGUCUUCAAGCCUGUAUCCGUGCAGGCCAUGUGGUCUGCCCUGCAGGUCCUUCACAAGGCAUGCGAGGUGUCACGUCGGUUCAACUACUUCCCAGGAGGCAUUGCUCUCACGUGGAUGGCCUUCUAUGAGAGCUGCGUCACCUCUGAGCAAAGCUGCAUCAAUGAGUGGAACGCUAUGACCGACUUGGAGACAACACGGCCGGACUCGCCCACCAUGUUUGUCGACAGGCCGACUGAGCGCGAGAGAACCGAGUGUCUCAUUAAAGCCAAACUACGCACCAUCAUGACGUUUCAAGACCUGGAGAACAUCACCUCCAAAGAGAUCCGUAACGAGCUGGAGCAGCAUAUGAGCUGUAACCUCACAGAGUAUAAAGAGUUCAUAGACAACGAGAUGCUGCUGAUCCUCGGUCAAAUGGACAAGGCCACUCUCAUCUUUGACCAUGUUUACUUGGGCUCUGAGUGGAAUGCUUCCAACCUAGAAGAACUUCGAGACUGCGGGGUGGGUUACAUCCUGAACGUUACAAGAGAGAUUGACAACUUCUUCCCAGGAUUGUUCUCUUAUCACAACAUCCGUGUGUAUGACGAGGAGGCCACAGACCUGCUGGCCCACUGGAACGAAACCUAUAACUUUAUUGUCAAGGCCAAGAAAAACAAUUCCAAGUGCCUGGUGCACUGUAAGAUGGGGGUGAGCAGGUCUGCCUCCACAGUUAUUGCGUAUGCAAUGAAGGAGUACGGCUGGUCUCUGGAGAAGGCCUACAACUUUGUCAAGCAGAAACGGAGUAUAGCUCAGCCAAAUGCUGCCUUCAUGAGACAGCUCGCAGAAUACGAGGGGAUCCUUGACGCCAGUAAACAUCGCCACAACAAGCUGUGGAGGCCAGACACAGAUGAAGAGGGGUCAGAUGAUUUGCAAGCCUCUGGCCACAGUACAGGAGGGGAAGGGACACCGGUACUCAGAGGGGAGGAGGCCUGGGGAGGCUGUGGGGCGUCGCCCUGCAGGGGUAUGGGUCUGGAGAUGGAGCCACUCGACUCUCUUAACUACAACUAUUACUUCAGACGUCUGUCGGACUCCGCGCUAGACAGCGAGCCCUCAACCCCAGUGCGGGGCCCCCCUCUGCUGGGUAUGGAGAGAGUUUUCAUUGAGAUUGAAGACGUGGAGAGGGAUGCCCUGCUGGAGGACGAGGGUUUCCCAAUGGCUCAUUUAGCUCUGCCAGGCGAGGGUACAGCAGCUCAAACGUGUGGGCGACUUGAUCCGAUGGAGGACAUGAGACUGAGACUAGAGUUCAGUACUUUGGAGGAAGAGGACGAGGAAGAGGCCAAGAAAGAGGAAGCAGAGAUGGCAGCCUUGGCUCAAACACCUGGAAAUUCAGAUGGGAAGGAGGCGGAGAGAACAGAGGAAAGCCAGAUAGGCCUAGCCAACCUGAACACCAACAACAGCAACCGGCUGGCUGCCAAACGCAGCUGCCCUGCAGCUUUUGACGACAGUGCAAGCACAGGAAACCCUUUAAAAGUGAAGCCUUCAUACCAGUCCUGUAAAGACUGCCUGCGUCUACCACAAGGACGGCGGUGUGACCGUCCAGCAGGAGGCCGAUCUCAUCGCCUUAACCCCUCCCGCCACUGCACUGUCCCUUCCAUAUGCAUAGAUCCACCCGGGACACACUUUGCCUCCAGCCCAAUCCUGCACUCUCUGCAGGCUGCUGCAGUCAUCCCCCAAAACUUUGUCCAGCCCUGUAGUCACGUGUACCGCUGUGCCACCUGCAUCCCCGGUGUCCCACUAACCAUCCGACAGAAAGUUGUGUCACCCAUGAGCUGUGAUGACACUUCUUUUGACCGUAGCUCAGUGGAGACAGAGGACAUGGAGGAUCCACAGGCACAGGAUAUAGGAAAACAGAUAUCAAGGAAGGGGAUCGGGGCAAUUCAUGAGACUACAGCAGGUGGUGCAGUGGAGCUCCAGCUGCAAAUGCCAGGACUGGGCAUGGGAUUUGGUCUGGAACUGAUGCAACAGAGGGCAGAGCAGCUGGAGAAGCUUCCAAAUUUGUCCAUGGAGGGGCAACUCUAGUGGGGCCCGUGCCUCAAUACAGGAUCACAGGGAAGGAUAAGACAGAGGAGGAGGAAGUUAAACACUGCCUCCAACAGGUUAAUUAUUCUGGCUGUGGGCUUUUUAGAUGACGGCUGUUUUGGUGCUGUACCAGAAACAAAGCUCUGCCUAGACCUGUGCCGCCUCACAGCUGCAACAGCUCUCUCUGCAUAUAGAGAGAGUCCUGCUAUUAUCUACUGGCAUGGAUCCAUGCGAUGCCAUUUGUUUUGACCAUGCAGGUAAGGACUGUAGACUCUGUUGUGUCCCUCACAUACAAGGAUCAUCACUCUUUCCCACAGUCUAGUGAAGAUGUUAAUCUGCCAUUUCACCCCCCAAAACACAUUUAAGAACAGAAGUGUUAUCUAAUUUCUGAAAAAGCUAUUUCUUUGAUGUUGAUGUAAAGAAAAAAAAACCUGGAGUAACAUGCUUCUGUCAGUGUACUGUUUGUUUUUAAUCCAACUCUUCAACAGUAUUUCUGAAAGAGCUCAGUGAAUGUUUGCAGAUUGGUUCCAUUCAGUAUUCCCUCAUGACACCACUGAUAACUGAUUGGUCAAUUACCUUCACUGAUAUUUUUCAUGCUGCAGCUGCUUUUGGGCAUUUCAUGUGAAUGCAUAACUGUUUUUAAAAGGAUGCAAGCAUAUGUGAGCCAUUUUGAUGCCUCUGUGUAAAGCGUCGUACCUCAGACCAUAAGCAUCUAAGACUGUUUUGGUCAAAGACUGUUUUGUUGUCUCCGCUCAGUGGCUAAGUUCACUCGACCUCCUCCGUUAAACUUAAUGUGAUCAUGUAGUUAAAGCGCUCACUUUAGCCCACGCAUGACUUGCAGUAUUAUGUAACAUAUCUACAACGUGCUUAGACAGAAAACAUAUGAAGGUCGUCUUUCUUUCCUUUUUUUUAUAGUCAAAAAACUUUUGGUAUCCAGCUAUAUGUUUUAGUGUCAAAAAAGGUGCAGUCAUUCAUGACAUGAUAUUUCAAUCAGAAUGAAUUUAACCAACUGCUUUUUACCUUAAACAAUGAUACAUACAAGAAAAACCGUAGACAUCAAGUGUUAUGAUGGCGAGAAACAUUCAGAGGCUCAAGUUUCAUUUCAUUUUCUCUUCUUGGUCAGAUCACUCCUGAUGUAACAAAGCCAUAUCGUGCUGCCAAGUUCACUUAAUCACAUCUUUUCUUUGAUACAUUUCACACUUUUAUUUUCUUACACUGACUACAUCUGGGCUUUUUAUCAAGGGCCUCACGCUCAGUUAGCAGUUUGAUCAAAAGUUUAAAAAAAGCAGGCUACCUUUUCCCUACACCCAGAAAGUUUGAAUAGUAUAGACUAUUUAUUUAUAGACUAAGCACUUGAGCACAACUCUAGUAUCCAUUCAUACAGUGCACAAACAUUUCACGUUGCUUUUAUAUUUCAAUAAUUUGAGCAAAAACUGAAACUUUAGGGAGAAAAAAAGCAUCCAAAAUAGAUACUUUUGUGAAAUAUGAAAAGAAAAAGUCCAGCUGUUAUUAUUCUGACAUUCAAAUUAUCAAAUUAAAUAUUUAUAUUUACUGUGUAAAAAUGCACUGGAAGCAUUUUGUACAUUAUCAGACUUGAGGCCUGUUUUGUUCAAGUUGUGCCCUGAAUUCCAAAGUUGCUGUGCCACAGGGUUUUCUUCUGUUUGAUUUACAUUGUGUUCUUCCUGUUUUUGGCUAACUGGUUGUUCUGAAUGGUACUGAAUGGGGCGUGUUGAUAAGCAGGAAAAGCACAUGGUAGUGUUAAAACUGUGUUUGAAGAUCUGAGAAAUGAAGUCUGUGCGAAGAAUACAUGCAGACUAUGUUAUCCUCUUUAAGCUUCAGGAUUACUGUGUCAUUUUUUGUAGAUUUUACUUGUUUUUUUUUUUUCUUUAGUUAGAUUAGAAGAAUCUUGAACAUUAACAAUAAAUCCUUUGUUCCUUCCCCUACCUAAACUAGAACGUAGGGAGCUGCAGGUUUGCUCCAGUCGUUUAAUUUAAAGAAUCUUGUUAGCCUUCAACCUAUUCUUUACCCUCGUGGUUGUUUAAGAAUGAUGUAACUGAGGCACAUGAAGUUGUUGACAUUGAACCAUUACAAACUGAAAGACAUUAGUGACAUGUUUUAUACAUUUUUGCAGCUUUAAGAAUUAUGAAGUGUUAUAAUUGGUUAUUUAGCUAAAGACUCAUCUGAGGUGUUUUAACUUUGGGGGAAAAUGUUCAUUUUCUUUGUUGCCGAGAGUGAAAUGAUCUCGAAACUGGCUAGCUUAGCUUAGCUUAGACCCCCGAGCAGGUUGUUAUUUUGACAUUUAUAAUUGUAAGCAUUAAAGGGGCAAUUGGACAGAUUUUUUUUUACCUUCCAACUACACUGUUCUUUAAUAUGUUUUUGUUUUUUUUGUCUUAAUGCUUUUAAGGAGGUGUUGGCACGUCCAACUAUCUCAUGAAGUAGGUGGGUAGGCCAACAAACUGUCUCUUGAAAAGAAAAAUCCCGCACACUAAUCUUUCUAAGCAUCACCAAAUUUAUUAGAAAAAAAAAUCACAACAUUACGGUUCCUCUGAACACACUUGACAAAGGUUCCAAGGGACCAAAACCUUGUGAUUUUUUCAAAUAAAUUGGUGAUGCUUAGCAAGAGUAGUGUGUGGGAUAUUUUCUUUAGUCUUAAUGCUAACAUAAGCUAACCGGUUGUAGCUUUAUAUCACCUGAAAGACAAUAGAUUUAUCACUGUUUUCAUCUAACUCUUGGCAAGAACAUGAAUGAGCAGCAUUCUCAACACGUUUAACUAUUCCCCUAAUACAUAAGUACAAUUCUAUUCAAACCAGUGGUUCAAAGUUUAUUAGCAGACCUGACAGGUUGGACUGAUCUGUAUGUGGAUAAUAAGCACUAAACUAUUUAUGUCCCAGACCACAGCACUACGUUUGCUUGUUUGCUUCAUGUUUUGACCUUGUUUAUCUUUUUGUAAUUUAAGUGCCUUAACCUUGGCCUUAGCUCCAUCAUAAAGCUUCACAGGCUUCCAAAGUUUCUGUGAGUUUGUUGAUGGUCUGGCUUUUUUUUUGUACAUUACUCACCCCCUAACUCCCAAUAAUAACCAUGCUCCCUGCUAUAUAUAAAUCUGCACACAAUAUAAUGUAUGCAAACAAACACAAGCUCAUGCACAGCAGCCUCCUCCACCCUGAUACAUGCAUACUGGAUGGACUUCCAUUUAUCAAUAGCCUAUAAUAAAAUGGUAUUUGUUUGAUAUUGUGGUACACUGUAUUGGUUCAAUAGCUGGCUGAAGAACCUUACCUGCUGGAAUGAGAACUAUCAUUUACAUUUAAACGUGAAAUAUUUGAAAUCAACCAGUCUGUAUAUAGUUUUUCCUCUACAAUUUGAUAUGAAGUACAUAAGCUUGCAGAUUUGGUCAAUAUAAAGAAAAGCACUAAUACAGAUACUGUGUGUUGGAGUAAAUUCAGUUCUCGUGUUUAUACCACAGCAAAAAAUAAUAAGCUCCAAUUUAUGCUCUCUUCAGUUUGGUUUUGAUUGAAUUUUUUUUUUUUUUUUAUUUGCUCACGGCAGGCAUCAAACUGACAAUCCCAUUGAAGAGGAAGACCUUAAACAUAUUGCAGUUUAAAAGGCGGGGAUUCAUGCAUUUAUGGAGUGUAUUUAAAGAGCACAAGUCUGCCCCAAAGCAUGUGAGGUGGAGAUGAUAGAAAAAUGUUGAACAUGAAAAACCUACCUGGGAGAAAGAUUUUGUUACAUUUACUGUUUUUUUUUUGUUACCUUUUGUGUUUUGUACUGUACAUUUCAAUUGUUCAUGUGUAAUGCACUUUUUUUUUUCUUUUUUUUUUUACAUUUUGUUAAAAUGAUGUCCAGUCUAAUGUUUAUCAUGGAAAUAAAACAUUUCCUCUGCAUUCUC